UAAUUUACCAAUGACAAGUCGAUUUAUAACCAUUUUUAACAUAGAUGCGAUGCGUGUUCAUCUGGUAAUUCGGUCUUUCUUGAAUAGUCGGGCGUGAAUAAUAGUUAUUCUUAUAGUUUUUUUCGGAUCGGGCCUGAUUAGUGUUUUGAGCAGACUUUGUUACAAUUUACUGAUUAUUUUAUUUACAGAUAGCACAGAAUUUUUGCGGUGCAAUCUUUACAUUUUAGGUAUUUCGGUCUUUGGUAGAUAUGGCUGACGGUACAGACGUAGCUUUCAUUCCGCCACCACCAGGUAUAUCGCCACCACCCUUACCCCCCGACGAAAAUCCUCCUUUGCCUCCAAGUGCUCCAGAGCCGCCUCAAAGUAGUGUUAAUAUUAAUACUAGUACUUCGACCAACUCUGCCCAAGCCAAUACGUGGAAUCAAAAUGCGUGGCCCUAUUACAUGAAUGGUGCAUUUAAUUUUUCCACUUAUGGCAACUGUUACGGAUGGGGAUCUUCUUAUUUCAAUGAUAAAAUUCAGCCGCCCUUGCCUCCGGGAGCCAUGGGCAAUCAAUUCAUGCCCCGAGUGGCCUAUGGCAAUAAACCCAUUAGGUUUCAAAUUAAUAGCAAGCGAUUACCGAAUCAGAAUGCUAUGAACUCCCCUAACAGUGGUGCUGCCAAAAAGAAGCGCAAGAAGAACAGAAAUAAUCAAAUGCAAAAUCAGGGUUUCAGUACCAUGUUCACACCUCAUCAGUUCAACACCCCCCCACCACCACUGCCACCACCAGAUGAUCUCAACAAUAUUCCAAAACCUGAGCCUCCGCCGGAGGUUUUGCCCCCUCUGCCUCCUUCUGAUAAAACUUGUACUGCAAAUGAUAAUAAUUUCAAAUCCUGCAUGAUUCUCAUCGAUGACAAAAACCAACAGGAAAUACAAAGUCCCGUUAUUAAUGGUUCUUCGGGCAACCCGGCGGAAGACUGGCCUCAAAGUUUGAAGGAUUAUGUUCAUAACUGCUACGCCAAAUGUAAAACUACAAUCGACAAGAAUCAGGUGGAAAUUAUUCUCAAAGGAAAAAUAACGCAAGCGUACCAAUCGGGCCAGCUAAAUAAAGACUGGUCUAGAGAACCCUUACCCAACAUACACUCAGAAUCACAAGUACAGCAGCAGUCGACUCAGAUUAAUCAAAGUUCAAAAUUUACUGGACAUGCCAAUAUUAAGACGGGCAUUUUGGCACAAUUUCAACAAAGCAGUAAAAAAGGUCUUUCUGCGGCUCUGGGGGCGCGCUUAGGAGGCAGAAAUUUGUUUAGGGGCAAAGGAAAUGAAACUGCGUCUAGGUCAAGGUCGCGAUCAAGAACGCCAAAGAAAUGUAGAAGUCGAAGCAGAAGCCCCAGAAAAUCCAAACGAUCUAGUUCUUCAACUUGCUCUAGUGAAGAGGACCUUAAGCCGAAAAUCAAACCUCAGCAGAAAAAAGGUAAGAUAGCUGAUCGACUGGGACCUCAAAAGAGCGUAAAGCAGGGGGGCAAAGUGUCUAAAAAGCAAAAAGCAAAGGAGAAGAAAGCAGCAUUUUACCAAACAUUUGGGCAGGACCUGGAAGAAAAUUCCGAACUUUUACAACAAAGAGCUGCACGAUUUAACAAUGUAGCUUCCAAAUCGGCAAUACGGUUUACCAUCGAGGUUAGUCCUUUGUCGGACAACAAAGAUUCCGAAUUCGACUGGGCUAAUAUGCACAUUAAAGGGUCCUGUAGAGACAUAGAAAAGUCGUUUUUGCGUCUAACAAAGGCACCCGAAGCGUGUGAUGUGCGCCCCGUCGAAGUUCUGCGACUCUCGCUAAACAACGUCAAGGAAAAGUGGUUGCAGAAGCAGGACUAUUUCUACGCCUGUGAUCAACUAAAGAGUAUUCGACAGGAUUUGACGGUCCAAGGUAUACGAAACAACUUUACGGUUGAAGUUUAUGAAACACACGCGCGGAUAGCAUUAGAAAAGGGGGAUCACGAGGAAUAUAAUCAAUGUCAAACUCAAUUAAAAUCUUUAUAUUCAGAGGUGGGAGGUAAAAAUCAAAACGAAUUCACCGCUUAUCGAAUUCUGUAUUAUAUCUUCACCAAAAAUACCUUGGAUAUAAUGACAAUUAUGAAAGCUUUAAGAAAGGAGGAAAAAGCCGACUCGGUUAUAUCAUUCGCGUUAAAAUUACGAUCGGCGUGGGGUAGUGGUAAUUUUCACAAGCUUUUCUCCUUGUAUCUCGUCGCACCUCUCAUGGCUGGCUACUUGGUGGAGUGGUUUAUACAGAGAGAACGAAAAGAAUACCUUAAAUGUAUUAUAAAAAGCUAUCGUCAGACAAUCACCACCGACUUCCUUACAAAAGAGUUGGCUUUCAAAAGUGAGGAAGACUGUCUAGAGUUUCUAGAGCCCUUUUCCUUGGUGUUUGUGGAUGCUAGCAGGAAAGCUGUCGACUGCAAAAAUAGCAUGGGAUCUCUCUCCAAUAUUUAAGUCAAAUUUCACACCUUUUCGUGAUGAUUGAGUUCAAGUGCCACUGCCAAUAGACAGUCAGUGAUUAGUGAGCGGCGAUUCGUGAUCAAUUUCCGUAGCUUUUUUUGAUAGACGUGGGUUUCAAUUGUUCUGUUUCCAUUGUGUCGGCGACAACGUACUUCUUCGACCAGUUUGGUUUUCCAAAGACCACAAAUGUCUCAAGGCUAGUGAUCUAUUUAAGAUUUUCCACAACCUUUCUAUUUUGGGAUUUCAGUAGUAUUUUUCGUUGGAACGAAUAAGUUUUCAUUCAAAGUUUCCGAUAGAACCCAUCAAAGUCGAGCCGAAGGAAAAUUCGAUUCAAGAUCUUCUCAGAAAGCAGAGGUAUUAUUGUAGCAGCUUGCGGGGAUCACAUUGUUGAAUACUUUCAGAGGCACAUUUGCCUCUUAAGAUAAAACAACAUAGUUCAGAUGUAGCAACAUGAUAUUUAUUAAUAAAUUUAGAUUUUUUGAAA